GGUAUUUAAGACAUAACUACUGUAGCAGUGUUUAGAUAAGUUUUUCAAAAUAUCAAAUGUUUCAAAUUAAUCGCCAAUUAGUACCACUGAAGCUCAUCCUAUUCUUCUGGUUUGGAGCGGCAGCAUGUCUUCUACCAUAUAUGACAAUACAUAUGAGACAGUUGGGCAUAACGGUCGAAGAAACUGCAUUUGUCUACACUGUACUACCGGUCACACAAGUGAUUGGCCCUCCAAUCGCUGGUUUUAUAGCUGACAAAAUGGGAAACUAUAAGCUUGUUUUGAUCAUCAAUUUAAUAUUAACAAUAUUAAGUUCAAUCGGUAUAAUGUUUGUGCCUUCUAGUGGUGAUCCAAACACUACUGAUAGUGAUAAGUCAACGAGUGAUGAGGAGUAUGCCUCACAUGCCUUCACAUUUUGGUUAUAUUUUUGUAUACGAAUAGUGUUUCAAAUAUGUGUUGGCAUUUGUUUUACACUAUUAGACGCCACGACUUUAGUCAUAUGCGAGAAGUAUGAGUCCUCCUUCGGAAAGGAAAGAUUUUGGGCUAUUUUAUCGACCGGUCUCUUCUCUCCCAUCUGUGGUAUACUUAUAGAUUACCUGAGCGCUGGCAAAGAUGAAUACUCGACUAACUAUUCGCCAUCAUUUCAUUUUUUUAAUCUUCUCGUUUUAUUGACAUCUAUAACACUGAUAAUUAUGAACAUAGAUGUGUCGCCACCGCCUAAAAAUCUAAUUAAAAAUAUUAAGCCAUUGCUUAAAUCGGUGAAUAUAUGGGUCCUAUUGAUUGUGAUCUUCAUAUUAGGAACCCUUUGGGGUUUUGUUGAAUCAUUUUUGUUCUGGUAUUUACUGGAUCUCAAGUCACCCAAGUAUUUGUUGGGCCUCACAUUAACGACCGGUGCUAUAAUAGGUUUGCCAUUUCUAUUGAAGUCUGACUGGUUCGUCGAGAAGGCCGGUCACGUCAAUCUCAUGAUUCUGGCGCUUGUCUUCUAUUUGAUUCGCUUCGGAGGAUAUUCACUCAUUGAGUCUCCCUUUUGGUGCAUUCCCUUUGAGGCUAUGGAGGCUUUCACUUAUCAUCUGAUGUGGUGCGCGGCCGCUACCUAUUCACAGAAAUUGGCUCCGGAAGGACUGACAGCCACAAUGUUGGGAAUAGUGGGUGGACUACAUUACGGAGUGGGUCGGGCGGCCGGAAGUAUGAUCGGCGGCAGUCUUAUGGCAAUAUUUAACGCUAGAAUUGCAUUCAGAAUAAUGGGUAUCAUCGCCGGUGUCGUCGCUAUUAUCUACUCUACCAUCUAUUAUAUGUAUCUAAAGAAAGACGAAAUCAAAUUAAUUAAUAAGAAAGUUGUCAUAAAAAUCAAUGAUUCAGAUAAUAAUGACAACAACGAUAUGCUAACAGAUGUCGAAAAUUUGAAAAAUACAAAUACAAUUAGUAAUAGCAAUGAGGAGACAAUCGCUGAGAUCUGUGAUGACAAUAAUGAUAUGCAUUUGAAGCCAAAGCAGAGAUGCGAUAGUAUUUCAAGUCAAACGUCAGUCAUAUCCGCCAAUCUUUCGCUAUCGCAUCCAAUUUAG